AAACAAGCGACUGAAGCGAGCAUGUGACGGGGAAUGUAAACUUUAGACUUCAUGAAAUCAUUUUAAAAGGCAAGAACGAUUUAUUUUGUGAAAAGUCUGGACGGGUUUUUAAACCGCUGCUUUAAUUCAACAUUAAACCACACAAACAGCUGAGCUACCGUUCAUUCCGGUGCCGUUAAGAUGCCGUCCAGUGUGGAGGACUACGAGGUUUUGUACACUAUAGGCUCCGGUUCUUACGGACGGUGCCAGAAAAUAAGACGAAAAAGUGAUGGGAAAGUUCUUGUGUGGAAGGAACUGGACUACGGCACCAUGGCAGAGAGCGAGAAGCAGAUGCUGGUUUCAGAGGUCAACCUUCUGAGGGAGCUGAAGCACCCAAACAUCGUGAGGUACUACAACCGCAUCAUAGACCGCGCCAACGCCACGCUGUACAUCAUCAUGGAGUACUGUGAAGGAGGGGACCUGUCCUGCCUCAUCAACCGCUGCAUCAAGGAGAGGCGUUACCUGGAGGAAGAGUUCGUCCUGCGGGUGAUGGCGCAGCUCACCCUGGCCCUGAAGGAGUGCCACAGGAGGAGUGACGGCAGGGCCACGGUUCUGCACCGGGACCUGAAGCCCGCCAACAUCUUCCUGGACAGCAGGCAGAACGUGAAGCUGGGCGAUUUCGGCCUGGCCAGGAUUCUGAACCACGACUCCAGCUUCGCCAAGACGUUUGUUGGAACGCCGUACUACAUGUCUCCUGAACAGGUCAACAGGAUGUCGUACAAUGAAAAGUCAGAUAUUUGGUCUCUGGGGUGUUUGUUGUAUGAACUUUGUGCGUUAUCGCCUCCGUUCACGGCGUACAACCAGAGAGAGCUGGCGGAGAGGAUCAGGGAGGGGCGGUUCAGAAGAAUCCCGUACCGUUACUCCGAGGAUCUGAACUCGCUGCUCGGCAAAAUGCUGAACUUAAAGGACUAUCUGAGGCCAUCUGUGGAGUCCAUCCUCCAGAGCAGCCUGCUGAGGGACGUGGUCGCAGAGGAGCAGAGAAAGGCCCGGGUGCGGGCCCUGAGGAGUUCCCCGGACCCCGGAUGCCCCCCCAACAAACCGGCUGAGGCGUCCCCACCGACUGCCGAGCUCCGGCUGAGGGAGCAGGCGCUGCGGGACCGAGAGCGAGCGCUGAAGGAGCGCGAGGAGCGGCUGGAGAGAAGAGAGCAGGAGCUGUGUGCACGUGAGCGACUGGCGAACAAGAAGCUUGAACGAGCAGAGAGUUUGCUGAAGGAUCACAGCCGCCUGCAGCUCCAGAAGGACCCGGCACUGCUCUGUGCUGCAGACAUAGAUCUGGAGAAUCUAUCCCCCGGCAAGAAGAAGGUCCACUUCGCUGGCGAAAGCAAAGAGAACCUGCAGCCUGACAGUCAGCAGAGCGAAACAUCACAGGAAGUCAUCCUGAGGAGGCUGCAGGCCGCCGAUCUGCGCGCCAAAAGACUGAACGAGAUGGAGAAGAUCUGCCAGCUGAAAAGCAGACAGAUCUUCGGAAUCCGUUAACAUCACAAACAUAACGUGUUUUGCUAUGAAUGUGAAAAUUUCCUGUGUAAAUCUAAUAUUUUUAAGAUGCUGUUUUGACUGUAGUGAUUGUGAAGCAAAGUGUUUUUAUAGCUGUGUCUGUGCGUGUGUGUGUUUAUGAGCAGCUAAUUUGAUCUCCAGUGUAUAUUUUGCAAUAUUUAUAAUAAAAAGUAGAUUAUUUUUAGGAAUAAUA